UGAGCACGACGUCUCCUUUGCUGUUUAAAGACUAAUUGCAAAGCGCUUCUGGGCGAAUCUGCAUCUUCUCCGAUUACCUCUGCCAACCCUUUGUGACAUUGCAGCAAGCCACCGCUUGUACCAUUCAAAAAAGCCUUUCCUGUCGAAUUUCCCGUAGUCUAGAAUCAUGUCAACUGGAGAAUCCGCGAGUCGAGCGACUUGGGAUUUGACCUCCCAGAUUUCGCCCUUUCUGGAUCGACACAUGAUUUUCCCCCUCCUCGAGUACCUCGAUACGCUCAUUAAGGACCAGGACGGCAAACACUUGGUGGAUUACAAUCCCCAAGAUGUGGCGGCGGCUCGACUCGAAAUUCUGCGUCCGACGCACAUGGUCGACUACGCCAUUGAUGUGCACCAAACGCUUCAUCCUGGUCAGCCCGUACCGGACGAAAUGGAAGCUCAAAAGAAGACCGUGUACGAAGAAUUGGAAGCCCUACGCGCAGCGUGUGGCGCCUUUGAUAAACUUUGCCAAGACGAAACGGAACGUAGCAAACUCAUGGCUACCGGGCAAUGGAACUUUGGAAGUUUGAACCAAUCACACCAAAUUACCCCCGAAAUGGUGGAAGCCUAUCGUAAAUUGGCGCGUUUCCAGUUUGAGUGUGGAGAUUACCAAUCGGCUCGAGCCAUGCUGACCGUCGACGAAAGCAUGUUGCAAGUUCUGUGGGGACGUUUGGCUUGCGAAGUGUUGGUGGAAGAUUGGGACGGCGCCAAUGUUGCGGCCCUCCAACAACGCACCUGGCUACUCCAUUGGUCACUCUUUGUCUACUGGAACGGGAAUCGCUUGGAAAACUUGGUCGACUUGUGUUUCCAAGAAAAGUACAAGCAGGCUAUUACGACCAACGCUCCACAUCUGUUGCGCUACUUGACCGCCGCCGUGCUCUUGUGCAAACGCCGAGCCGUAUCGCCGCGUCGGGUGCUGCGUAGUCUCAUCUAUGUGAUGCAGGACUGUGACUACGUGGAUCCGAUUGUGGAUUUUGUGGACUGCUUGUGCGUCAAAUUCGAUUUCGACAAGGCCCAAACCAAACUGGCGGAAUGCGAGCGCGUGCUGGGGACGGACUUUUUCUUGUGCCAGCAGACGGACCUUUUUAUGGAAGAAGCCCGGGUCUUUGUAUUCGAGAACUAUUGUCGUAUCCACAACAAAAUUGAUCUCCAGACGCUGGGUGAUAAGUUGGCCAUGGAUCAAAUCCAGGCCGAACGCUGGAUUGUUGAUUUGAUCCGUAAUGCCGAUUUAGACGCCAAGAUCGAUUCUGAGGAAGGGUGUGUCGUGAUGGGUGGCAAUCCUCAGAGUAUUUACGAACAAGUGAUGGACCGAACAAGGGAUUUGAAUGUCCGAUCUGCAACCUUGGCGCAAAACUUGAACAACUUGAUGAACCAAACAAGGAAGGAACGGACCAAGAAGGAACGAUCGAGCAUGGAGGAAUAG